AAGGGGAGCGGGCGCCCCCCCACCCCCGUCCCCAGCAGCGGCCCCCCCCGGCCCGCCCUCUCCGAGCGGCUUCUCUAGCAUGGUGCGGGGCCGCCGCCGCCUCCUCCCGCUGCCGACAUGGGCGAGAGGCUGGAGCUCAGGCUGAAGUCGCCCGUGGGAGCCGAGCCGGCCGUUUACCCCUGGCCGCUGCCCGUCUAUGACAAACACCAUGAUGCUGCUCAUGAAAUCAUUGAGACAAUUCGGUGGGUCUGUGAAGAAAUCCCAGAUCUCAAGCUUGCCAUGGAAAAUUAUGUUUUAAUUGACUAUGAUACAAAAAGCUUUGAAAGCAUGCAGAGGCUUUGUGACAAAUACAACCGCGCCAUUGAUAGCAUUCAUCAGUUGUGGAAAGGAACCACCCAGCCCAUGAAACUGAACACUCGUCCCUCCAAUGGGCUCCUCCGUCACAUCUUGCAACAAGUAUAUAACCACUCGGUGACUGACCCAGAGAAACUCAACAACUAUGAGCCCUUUUCCCCAGAGGUGUAUGGAGAGACUUCCUUUGAUUUAGUGGCCCAAAUGAUUGAUGAGAUUAAAAUGACUGAGGAUGACUUGUUUGUUGAUUUGGGCAGUGGUGUGGGUCAGGUGGUGCUUCAGGUUGCUGCUGCCACAAACUGCAAACAUCACUAUGGUGUGGAGAAAGCUGAUAUUCCAGCAAAGUAUGCUGAGACGAUGGACAGAGAGUUCAGAAAGUGGAUGAAAUGGUAUGGGAAAAAACAUGCAGAAUACACACUGGAAAGAGGUGACUUCCUCUCAGAAGAAUGGAAAGAAAGAAUUGCAAACACAAGUGUUAUUUUUGUGAAUAAUUUUGCCUUUGGUCCUGAGGUGGAUCACCAACUGAAGGAGCGAUUUGCAAACAUGAAGGAAGGUGGCAGAAUCGUGUCCUCAAAGCCUUUUGCACCUCUAAACUUUAGAAUAAACAGUCGAAACUUGAGUGAUAUUGGCACUAUAAUGAGAGUUGUGGAGUUAUCACCACUGAAAGGGUCGGUUUCAUGGACCGGGAAACCAGUUUCUUACUACCUGCAUACUAUUGAUCGCACCAUACUUGAAAACUAUUUUUCUAGUCUCAAAAAUCCAAAACUCAGGGAGGAACAAGAGGCAGCUAGACGUCGUCAGCAAAGAGAAAACAAGAGCAACACAACUACUCCAACCAAGGUGCAAGAAAACAAGGAUUCUGGUGCUGAAGAAGAAAAAGUUGGGACAAAUGCAGUUAAAAAGACAUCCCCCUCCAAAGCACGUAAGAAGAAGCUGAGUAAGAAAGGAAGGAAAAUGGCAGGGCGGAAGCGAGGGCGUCCCAAGAAAAUGAACGCUGCAAAUACAGAGCGCAAGACCAAGAAGAACCAAACUGCACUAGAGCUUCUGCAUGCUCAAACUGUGUCACAGACACCCUCAUCCUCUCCUCAGGAUGCAUACAAGUCACCUCAUAGUCCAUAUUACCAACUACCUCCUAAAGUACAACGGCAUUCAUCUAACCAACUGUUGGUGACUCCUACCCCACCUGCACUACAGAAGCUGCUAGACUCUUUUAAGAUCCAGUACAUGCAGUUCAUGGCGUACAUGAAAACUCCUCAGUACAAAGCAAACCUGCAACAGUUACUGGAGCAGGAAAAGGAAAAGAAUGCUCAGUUGCUGGGGACAGCACAACAGUUAUUCACCCACUGCCAGGCACAGAAAGAGGAAAUUAAACGGCUCUUUCAACAGAAACUCGAUGAGUUGGGAGUUAAAGCUCUGACAUAUAAUGACCUGAUUCAGGCUCAGAAGGAGAUCUCUGCUCACAACCAGCAGCUGAAGGAACAGACAAAGCAGCUGGAGAAAGAUAACAGUGAACUCAGGAACCAGAGCUUGCAGCUGCUUAAAGCACGAUGCGAAGAACUGAAGUUGGAUUGGUCGACGCUGUCGUUGGAGAGCUUACUGAAGGAAAAGCAGGCACUGAAGAAUCAGAUUUCUGAGAAACAAAAGCACUGUUUGGAAUUGCAGAUCAGCAUUGUGGAGCUUGAGAAAAGUCAAAGGCAGCAGGAGCUCAUGCAGCUGAAAUCGUAUAUGCCUCCUGAUGAGUCUCUGUCGGUACAGCUACGCAAUAAAAACCGUUUAAGCCGUGAGCCCGAGGCUGAUCACGGCAGAUUCCAACUUGAGCUUGAGUGCUCUAAAUUUCCUAUGCCCCACAUCAACGGCAUGAGCCCUGAACUGUCCAUGAAUGGCCAUGCUACUCCCUAUGAAAUCCAUAAUGCUCUUAGCAGGCCCUCUUCCAAGCAGAACACCCCUCAAUACAUGACCUCUCACCUGGACCAAGAAAUAAUUCCUUGCACCCCAAACCACAGCAGCAGACAGAAGGUGGACAAGACAGCAAGCUUGUCCUUACCUGAUUACACCAGGUUUUCCCCAGCUAAGAUAGCCCUAAGGAGACACUUGAAUCAGGACCAUGCAGUCAAUGGAAAAGCAACAACUAAUGAGAUACACCAGAGAGCUGACCAUGUAAAAGAGAAUGGCCUUACAUAUCCAAGCCCUGGCAUUUCAAAUGGGAUAAAGCUGAGUCCUCAGGAAACUCGGCCCUCUUCCCCAGCGGCCUUACCGAUUGCAGGCGAGAAGGUUUUGCGAGAGAGGACUUCCGCGAGUAAUGGAGAAACUAUCACCAGCCUGCCUAUCAGUAUUCCUCUCAGCACGGUGCAGCCCAAUAAACUCCCUGUUAGUAUCCCUCUGGCCAGCGUAGUCCUACCUAGCCGUGUUGAGAAGGUGAGAAGCACACCUAGUCCAGUUCAUCAGAAUCGAGACUCGUCUUCAACACUUGAAAAACAGUAUGGUGCUAGUUCUCAUAAUGGCGUAAGCAAUGCUGCUGGAAAUAAGCCACUGGCUUUGGCUACCUCAGGUUUUUCAUAUUCUUCUGGCUCCAUGGCACUUAAUGGAACUCUUUCAAACAGCCCAGCCCACCUUAACCAUAGUGUUGAUCAGGCAGCUGUGGACGACUGCGGGAGUUUGUUUAACUCGGUAGGGUCUCGGAGCUCCACUCCACAAUACCCUUCUUUGCUAAUGAUGCAGUCACGGAAUUCUGGGCAGAAUUCCCCGGCUCACCAGCACUCAGCAAGCCCCAAGUUAAAUGGCGUCUCCCAGAGCAUGGUAGGGGUACUGCAGUAUGUGGAUGCUCAGAAGAUGUUUGCCGAAGGAACAAAGGGGGAACUUCAGCCUGAUGCUGCCUUUUCCGAUCCUGAGAACGAGGCCAAGAGAAGAAUCAUCUUCACAAUCUCUCCUAGUACAGGGAGUGUAAAACAGUCUCCGUCUAACAAGCACAGUUCCCUAACUGCAAGCAUUCGGAUGGACUAUGGCCAAGCAUACAUGCAGGAUGGGAAGAAACGCGGUCGAAGGAAGAGAUCCUCCACAGGGAAUCUAAACAUGAACUCUGGAGUGUCCCCUAAACGCAAAUCCUUACCAACUGUGGCUGGACUCUUUACUCAGCCUUCGGGCUCACCGCUUAAUAUAAACUCAAUGGUCAAUAACAUUAAUCAGCCUUUAGAAAUAACAGCCAUUUCCUCCCCUGAAAACUCCCUGAAGAACUCUCCUGUUCCCUACCAGGACAAUGACCAGCCUCCAGUGCUGAAAAAAGAGAAGCCCCUGAUUCAGACCAAUGGUGUUCAUUACUCACCACUGACUUCAGAUGAGGAACAGGGAUCAGAAGAUGAGCACAAUAGCACCAGAAUUGAGAGGAAAAUUGCAACGAUAUCAUUGGAAAGCAAAUCUCCACAGAAGACUAUUGAAAAUGGUGGCAGUUUAGCUGGGAGGAGACAGGCACAAACCAGUGAGAACAUGAAUAGCAGUAAAUGGAAGUCUACUUUUUCGCCAAUUUCUGACAUCAACCUGACCAAAACUACAGAUAGCCCAUUGCAGGCUGUUUCAUCUCUGAGCCAGAAUUCCCUGUUUGCCUUUAGGCCGUCCUCUGAGGAUGGCAUGGCCAUCGAUGCCAAAAUUGCAGCACACACACGGAAAAACAUCACCAUGUCCUCCUCUGGGACGGACAGACUCAGCCCCAAUACAAACUCCGCUAAUGGAUCCAUGUAUAACGGUGGACUGACCACAGACAUCGGUUUACACAGCUUUAUUGAUGGUGCUUCUCUUCCUCAUAAGACUUCAGAUGUGACGACCCUCAACUCCUCUCUGGGUUUUCAGUUACAGAGGAGCAAAGAUGUGGGGAUUUUGGAGACAAACCCCUUUUUGAACAAGAGGCAGCUUGAAGGCCUCGGCAGCAUGAAAGGAGAAGACUUAAACCGAUCAGGAGUCAAAAGUAAAGAGCUCAGUGAAUUAACCAUUCGUCCAGGGGCGGCUUCUGAAAAAAGUUCCUUGCAGCACAAUGGCAAGGUCGGCAAAGGACGAGACCGAGAUGUGGAGUUUAAAAACGGCCACAACCUUUUCAUUUCUGCUGCUGCUGUAUCUUCUGGUGGCCUUCUCAAUGGCAAAAGCCUUUCCACUGGUGUCUCAUCUGCAGGCAACCCAGCACCUUCUGUUCAGACGCACCAUCCUUUCUUAAACACAUUGACCACUGGAUCGCAGUUCCCCCUGGGUCCCAUGGCUUUGCAGGCAAACCUCAACUCGGUGACAAACUCCUCAGUAUUGCAGUCUUUAUUUAAUUCAAUGCCAGCUGCUGCAAGUCUGGUCCACGUGUCAUCAGCUGCAACCAGACUGACUAACUCUCAUGCUAUGGGGAAUUUCUCUCCUGGGGUUACAGGUGGAACAGUUGGAGGUAUUUUUAACCAUGCGGUGCCUUCUGCCUCCUCUUCUCAUCAGUUUGGAGCCAGUUUCAGCAGCAGUGCUGUUUCUAGCAGCACAAUGCUAAGCUUAAACCCUCUGCAGGCUGUUGCCAGCACCUCAUCCUUCCAGCCCCCCUCCUCUAGCUUAGUAACAUCCAGUGAGAACAGAGCUGCCCAACACCUAAACAGAGCACCAGUGCAGUCUGUUUUUCAUACCCCUCCUCCACCCCUUCCUAAUGUUUCAUUACCUCCUCCUCCUCCAUUACUCGCUUCUAACUCUGAGCCUGCGCUUCUGCAGAACUUGCCGUCCAUCCCAGCUAACGAUGCUUUUUUACCAUCUUCUUCUGCUGCUUCUGUCCAAUCUGCUAAUGCUUCUUUGUCUAUUAAGCUAGCUUCUCUUCAGCACAAAACUUCCCGUCCCUCCUUUACAGUCCAUCACCCACCUCUGCCCCGUUUGGCGCUGGCACAGACCGCGCCCAUGAUCCCGCAGUCCAACGCAACUGGCACGUCCGCUAUGUGGGUUACACUUGGCAUGCAGUCUCCUUAUGCUUCGCACCUUUCUGGGGUUAAGCCACGAUAAAGAGCUUGCUUAGCUAACAGUUCUUAUUUUGUAAGGUAAGGCUAGAGAAAACAGGUGGUUUGUACAAGAUACUAAAUGACCUUCCUUUCCUUUUCAGCCAUCAGUCCAUAACUGAGCUUGGAAGCGGGGUGGGAACAGGUUCUUUGCUUUGACAUAGAGAGAGCCCAAUAAAAUUUGGAGAGCAGGUAAUCUCAAGGCAGAGAGGGGAAACACUGAAGCGCCUCAGUUUUGGGAGUCAGGAUUUCUCGACACACUGAGUGCUCACGAUGGUAACUCAUCUGAUAUCCAGGAACGUUGUGUUCAGGCCGGGGUAGCAGCAAUUACCAAUUGACGUUAUUUGAAGCAACAUUUCCUGCAGUAUCAUGGCUUGAAUACUUUAGAAAAUGUGCUGCUUUGAGAGCGUGAGAAAAAUUAGGAUGAGAAGCUGAUUGUUCAUAUUUUCCAAGCAUCUGUCUUAAUGUACAGCCCUGCAGGGGUUUGCUGCCUAUUCUGCGUUUUGCAGGGUUAUCUCCCUCACAAGAGGGUGUGCUCCCUUUGUGUUGGCAUGUCAUUACCCUGCAUGCUGGUAGCGUGGUGGUGUUUUUGUGGCAUCAUACCACAUUUGCUCUGUAUGGCUAACAAAGGAGAACUCAAGGUCAUAGGCUACAACCUUUUUUUUUUUUUCUUUCCCCUUGGAAACUGAAUAAGGAUGAUCAGUGGAGGGUUGCAGAUAAUGUGAGCCGAAGCAGAGUGCUGUGGAAAAUGGAGUUACAAAAGCAGCCUGGUGACUUGUGUAUGCCUCAUAGUGGCAACCUGAUGUAAUCAUUCUCUGUAUAAUCAGCCUUUGAUUAUAAUUUGAAUUAGAUAAGAAUUAAAGCAGGAAGUCUGCUCCCCGUCCCUGAUAAGUAAAGCACUAACAGAUUGUGUCAGCCAUCGGGGUGUUGCUUCCCUUGGUAGUCUUUGGCUUGCUAGAUUGCCUGUGCUAGGUUAAAAGAAGGAGGAGCACUUGUGGCACCUUAGAGACUAACAAAUGUAUUUGGGCAUAAGCUUUUGUGGGCUAAAGCCCACUUCAACGGAUGCAUGCAGUGGAAAAUACAGUAGGAAGAGAGACAGACAG